GUAUGAUGGUGGUGACGUGGUGUGGAAAUCUCUUCCAAACCCACACCCGCCACACAGUCAUCUUCUUCCCUCUGACAACACCCUCAAUUUUCUGCAAAACCAUAUCUCAUCUCGCAUUUGAUUCAUCAACACCCGGAAUCCAUGGCCGCCACCGCCUCAAGCUUCCUUUUACAGGAUCCAACCCUCAGAUUGAAAAAACACCUAUACCACUCUCCUCAAUCCCCGGCCCACAAUUCCUUCGCCCAUCUCAGGGUUCGCAUCAAAUCUCUCAGAACACUCGGCGUCAGAUGCUAUUUUUCGCCCAUCAAUAAUGGAUCCGAUCGCCCUUACCAGGAUAUUGGUCAGAAGAUUGGCGUAUUCGCGAAAAUGGAGACCGAUAAUAAUAGGAAUCGUUUCGAGCUUGUGACUAGCUGCAUAAAAAAUGCGCUCAAGGCGCUGAAAAGACCUGCGGCGGCGGCUGUUCUCGUGGGGCUGCUGUUGGUGCACAACCCUGAUUGGGCGCUGGCCGCGGGCUCCGGUGGGCGUAUGGGCGGCAGUUCCUUCUCUUCGCGGUCUUCGACUUCGUCCUCGUCGAAGAGUUACAGUGCCCCUAGGUCGAGGUCGUCGUUGGGAUCCGAUUCUGGUUUCUCGUAUUCCGUUCCGUACUACGCGCCCUCUCCUUUUGGCGGCGUGUUCUUAGGUCCCGCCGUCGGGGUGGGGUCCUCCGCUUCCCUAAUUUUCGUCGCGUUCGUGGCGUUUAUUUUGGUUUCUGGGUUUUUGUCCGAGGGUUCCGAGAACAGUAGUGUGCUCACGGCUACUGAGAAAACGAGUGUGUUGAAGCUACAGGUGGGGUUGUUGGGUUUAGGGAGGUCACUCCAGAAGGAUCUCAACCGAAUUGCAGAAACUGCGGAUACAUCAAGCUCAGAGGGUUUACACUAUGUAUUGACUGAGACGGUGCUAGCUUUGCUUCGGCAUCCUGAUUAUUGCAUCUCUGCUUAUUCUUCAGUUGAUAUAAAGAGGAACAUGGAAGACGGGGAGAAAAGAUUUAAUCAACUUUCUAUUGAAGAACGUGGUAAGUUUGAUGAGGAAACACUUGUCAACGUCAACAGCAUGAGAAAACAGAGCUCAACUCGCCUGAGAGCAAGUGGAUUUAGCAAUGAGUACAUAGUGAUCACAAUUUUGGUGGCCGCCGAAGGACAACACAAGCUGCCUUCUAUCAAUAGCAGUAAAGACUUGAAAGAAGCUUUACAAAAGCUAGCAUCCAUCCCAUCACGUAAAACUCUGGCGGUUGAGGUGCUGUGGACCCCUCAAAAUGAAGAUGAUACUCUAUCCGAACGAGAACUACUGGAAGAUUACCCCUUAUUGCGUCCUCUUUAAAAGUUCAGCAUCCUCUUUUUGGGCACGGGAGAUUAGAAGACGAGGCAAACUUGUAUGUACUGCUUUUUGUUGUCUACAUGUUUUCUUUUGCUAUAAUACCUGACGUCCUGAGUAAUAUGAAUAAAUAAAUUAAGAACUUUGUUGUUCGUGUGCUUGUGACAUGAAACUGUUUUAGUGGAGAACAAGAAUGCAGGGGAAUUGUAUAUGUGCUUGUAGUCGCCCUGGAGGUGGAUAAGUAGUAGCUGGGAACAUAAAGAUAUACUGUACAUGAUUAAAAAAUUGAAGUUUUUGAUAUAGCCUUAGUUUUAUUGUGUUGCAUGUCAUGAGUUCGUAUGCAAAUUGCUAGUUAUAUUACACUCGAUGAUUUUUUUUUUGACUGAAAUUCAAACCGUGACAUUGUUUUUUGGCAAUUUAGUAUGCAAUACUGUUG